AUGGCCGGUUCCUCACUCAUCCCAGCGACAAGGAAAUACCUGGAGGGUACCUUACCCCAGCUACAGACGCAGUGCCAGAAGGUCCUCGACGCGUGGACACAGCCAACGGAUACAUGGACUCUGGGUGAUCCGGAGCCAGCCCCCGCCACACCAAAGAUGGCGGCGAAGGGAAGAAAUGCCCAACGAGACAAACUCGACCGUGAGGCCAGGGAUCGAAGGGGCCAGCCGGCGCCUCGCGGUUGGGCUAAGGACGGAGUGGAAUACGGCGGAUGCAAGUGGCCGGACAAAGGCAUUCUGUGCUCCGUACGAGAUGAGUUAUGGAUGGACGGACAAGAGGAUCGCGGUGCUGUGGUCAUUGAUAGUGACGAGCUGAUCGUCAUUGAUGAAGUCGCAGAAGGGCAUGAUGGGGACGGCCGCAAGGGUAAAGCCACGAUGCAGAACAAUAUCAGGCAGGAGGCCGUCGACAUGGGCAUUGAGCAUGAAAACAAGGAUGACGUUAAAGAGGGCAAACGGAAAGCAUGUGCUCGAGAGCGAGCGUUGGAUGCUAUGGUGCAAACACAGGCAGAACCGCCGGCGCAAUGA